UUGGGCUUUUGGAAGAGGCAGAAAAUCCAGCCAAAAAGAGAGAGACUGUCACAGACAGUUUGCUAGUGCAUGAGGCAGAACCUAGGUUAGUCUAGCCUUACUGCUACGACAAGAUGGCAACAUCACACCCUCUUCCUGAAGGUUUCACUGAACUGGAAGUAUUUGGCUUUGGCACUGUGAUGAUGGCAGAAGCAUUGCUUGGAUUUUCUCUGAACUUGUUGACCAUUGUCUCUUUCUGGAAAAUCAGAGAACUUCGAACUCCUGGUAACUUUCUGGUUUUCAACCUUGCCUUAUCUGACUGUGGAAUCUGCCUCAACGCUUCCAUUGCAGCGUUCUCCAGUUUUUUAAGAUAUUGGCCCUAUGGAUCAGAUGGUUGUCAGAUUCAUGGAUUUCAUGGGUUUUUAACAGCACUGAAUAGCAUUAGUUCAGCAGCUGCAGUUGCCUGGGACCGACAUCAUCAAUAUUGCACUAGAAGUAAGCUGCAGUGGAGUUCUGUGAUCUCCAUGGCAAUAUUUCUAUGGCUUUUUUCUGCCUUUUGGGCUGCAAUGCCACUGCUGGGUUGGGGCGAAUAUGAUUAUGAGCCUCUGAGAACCUGCUGUACAUUGGACUAUACAAAAGGAGACAGAAACUAUAUCACAUAUCUUAUUCCUCUGGCCCUUUUCAAUUUUGUGAUCCCAGUUUUCAUCAUGCUAACAGCCUACCAAUCUAUUGAUCACAAAUUCAAGAAAACUGGACAGUUGAAGUUUAACACUGGUUUGCCAGUGAAAUCUUUGGUCAUUUGCUGGGGACCUUACUCACUUUUAUGCUUCUAUGCUGCAGUUGAAAGUGUGGCUUUCAUCUCACCCAAAAUCUUAAUGAUUCCUGCUGUAAUUGCCAAGACUUCGCCAGCAGUGAAUGCCUUAAUCUAUGCCCUAGGGAAUGAAAACUACCGAGGGGGAAUAUGGCAAUUCCUCACAGGACAGAAGAUCGAGAAAGCUGAAGUUGAUAACAAAACUAAGUAACUUGUGGCAACAUUCAGCUAAGAGCUUCUUCGCACAUGACAUUCAUUGAUUUUAGUUGUGUCUGGUUUUUUUCUGUGUACACUUUAAAAGAUAACAUGUGAAUGGGUAUUUUUAACGGUGAUAUCUUACAGAUGCAUUUAGCAUACAACUGGCAUUGAGCGCAGCUUCCUACAGAGUGUGCACACAGUACUGAAUUCAGGUUUGUUGCUGUGUAAUGAGUGAAACAGCUCUCAAUUAAGUCAGGCAUAACACAGCCAAAAGCAACCAGUAGCAGAAAGCAUGUGCAUUUUCUGUAACUUAAUUGAUUGUGGUUCCACACUGGAAACAUUUUUUCCCUUUGCAUUGUCUGCCAGCAAUUACUGUAGUGUUGAAAGGAUGCCAUGCAGAUAUAACCGUUGCAGUUAUCUUUCAACCUGUCAUGUGUUAUUUGUCAAAUGAGCUGCCUCCACCCUCUGUGAGCCCAUGUCAGACUCAUUUUCUAUGUCACCGCAAAUAAAUUGGAACUUGUGAAGCGCCUUUGGCAGGAGGAGGGUAGACAAAUUGGGCAAAUGUCAGAAAACAAACGAUAGAAAAUGAAACACCAAGGGAAUCCAGUAAGGGCUGAUAGAAAGGAUUUCUAUUUGAUGUGUACAUAUGGUAUUUCUGGGUUAUUGAGAGAUUAAAGGAGUUAUCCAGUAUUG